UCUAAUAUUCACUGUGUGUGUAUGAUGAUAAUGAAGAAUCUGAAAGUGACGAUGUUUAUGUUGUGUGUGGUGUUGCAGGUUGUUCAUGGUGAACAAGAAAUGAGAUGCAAUCCUAAGGAGAGGGAAGCACUCCUUCAAUUCAAGGCUGCCAUUGUUGAUGACUACGCCAUGCUCUCCUCUUGGACCACCUCCGACUGCUGCCGGUGGGAGGGGAUUCGCUGCAGCAACCUCACCGCCCAUAUUCUAAGCAUCGACCUUCACGGAGAGCUUCAUUUUCAAUAUGAUCAUGAAGAAUUCUCUGGACGUUAUAUAGGCGGAGAGAUCCACAAGUCGUUGAUGGAAUUGCGACAUUUGAUGUAUUUGAAUCUCAGUUCCAAUUUUCUGCGUGGAUACAUUCCAGAGUUUCUUGGUUCUCUCAGAAACUUGAGAUACCUUGAUCUCUCUUCAUGUGAUUUUACCGGAAGAAUCCCAAGUCAGCUAGGUUCUCUCUCUCACUUGAUAGUUUUAGAUCUUUCUUGGAAUUCUUUGGAGGAUUCAAUCCCCAGUGAGCUUGGAAAUCUCUCCCAAUUGCAGCAUCUUGAUCUUAGCUGCAAUUCUUUUGAAGGAAAUAUACCGCCCCAACUUGGAAAUCUCUCUGAGUUGCAUGAGCUCUAUCUCGGAGGAUAUGAUAUCAACUUUGCCCAUGGAGGUCAGUGGCUCUUAAAUCUUCGUUCUUUAACCCAUCUUUACUUGGAGUCUGUACCAAAUCUUAAUCAUUCUCAUAGUUGGUUGCAAGUGAUUGUGAACCUACCAAAACUAAGGGAACUAAGUUUAGUUGAUUGUGGCCUUUCCGAUCAUUUCAUUCUGUCAUCCAUGCCUUUUAACUUCAAUUUUUCUACCACCCUCUCUGCCCUUCAUCUUACGUUGAACCUCUUGACGUCACCGGUGGUAUUUCAAUGGGUCUCAAACAUCACUUCCAACCUUGUUGAGCUUAGGGUUGAUGGUAACCUCUUGGAGGGUUCCACAUCGAGUCAUUUUGGUACGGUCAUGACUUCGCUUAAACACCUUGACCUCUCCUAUAAUUAUUUCAAGGCCAGGGAUUUGAAUCCCUUCGUGAAUAUAUGCACCUUGCAUUCUUUAUCUGUGGCUGGAAACAAUUUGACCGAAGACCUUCCAUCCAUUUUCAGUGAUUUGUCCAGUGGUUGCGUUAGACACUCGUUACAAACAUUGGAUCUUGCAUAUAACUUCAUUAUUGGCACUUUUCCUGAUGUUUCAAUAUUCUCUUCUUUGAAAACAUUGCUUCUUGGUACAAAUCUUUUAAGUGGAAUGAUACAUGAAGGUGUCAAGUUACCAUCUACUUUGGAAGGUUUAUCAAUUGCCUCAAAUUUCUUAGAAGGUGGAAUUCCAAAAUCAUUUGGAAAUGCAUGUUUGCUUUCACUGGACAUGUCUGAUAAUAGCUUGAGUGAUGAGCUUCCAGUGGUAAUCUCUCACUUGUCAGGAUGUGCUACACAUUCAUUGGAAGAAUUAAGUCUAAGCAUGAAUCAAAUCAAUGGCACACUACCUGACUUAUCAACAUUCACAUCUUUAAAAAGAUUAAAUCUUUUUAAAAAUAAGCUAAAUGGAGAGGUUCCUACAUAUUUUCGAUUUCCACCUCACUUGGAGGAACUCUACAUGCAGUCAAAUUCUUUAAAAGGUGUGCUCACUAACUACCAUUUCACCAAUAUGUCUAAGUUACAUGAAUUGGAUUUAUCUGACAACUCAUUGACUUUGGCAUUUACCCAAAAUUGGGUCCCACCUUUUCAAUUGUCCAUGAUAGAAUUGAGAUCUUGCAAGCUAGGUCCAACAUUUCCCGAAUGGUUGCGGACACAAAAUAAAUUUGUUGGUAUUGACAUUUCAAAUGCUGGAAUAUCAGAUAUUGUUCCUGAAUGGUUUUGGGCUAAAUUGCCAUUACAAGAAGUAAUGACAAUGAAUGUUUCAUUCAACUAUCUACAAGGCAUAAUUCCAAAUUUUCCACCAACAUAUAUUUCUAAUUCCAUGUCCCUUGGAUCAAAUCAAUUUGAAGGUUCCAUUCCUCUAUUUCUACGAAAUUCUAGAUUUCUUGAUUUAUCAAAAAAUAAAUUCUCAGAUUUUCUUUCAUUUUUAUGUGGGAAUGAUACAAUUCAAAUUUUAUUUCAUUUAGACCUUUCAUAUAAUCAGUUAUCCGGACAUAUCCCAAAUUGUUGGAGACAAUUGAAUUCACUGGUUUAUUUAGAUUUGAGUCACAAUAAUUUUUCAGGAAAAAUUCCUACUUCAAUGGGAUUGUUUCUUGAUCUUCAAGUAAUGUUGUUGAGAAAUAACAAUUUAGUAGAAGGAAUCCCUUCAUCCUUGAGGAAUUGUCAAAAGUUGGUAAUGCUAGAUAUAUCAGAAAACAAAUUAUCAGGAUAUAUCCCUCAUUGGAUUGGAACGAAAAAAGAUUUGCAAAUUUUAAGUUUGAAAAGUAAUAAAUUUUUUGGAAGUUUACCAUUAGAAAUUUGUUGUCUAAGAAAGAUUCAACUUUUGGAUCUCUCACUGAACAACUUAUCUGGAAAAAUUCCUAAAUGCAUACAAAACUUUACUUCAAUGGCUCAAACAACAUCUUCAAUGGAUUAUGAAGGUCAAUUGUAUUCUUUCAAUGACAAUUUGAAUGCACUAUUAAUGUGGAAAUAUCUUGAACAAUCAUUCCAUUUGAAAGCAUCCUUGAUGUGGAAAGGUUUGGAACAAAUGUUUAUGAAUAAAGGUUUGUCACUUUUAAAAAGCAUCGAUCUCUCAAGCAAUCAUUUCAUAGGAGAAAUUCCUAUAGAAAUAGAGAAAUUAUUUGGAUUGGUUUCAUUGAACUUAUCAAGAAACAGUUUGUUUGGAGAAAUUCCUUCAAACAUUGGAAAAUUGGCUUCACUUGAUUCUCUUGAUUUGUCAAGAAAUCAACUUGUUGGUUCAAUUCCUCUUAGUCUUUCUCAAAUUUAUGGGCUAGGUGUAUUGGAUUUGUCUCAUAACCAUCUAAGUGGAGGAAUUCCUACUGGUACACAAUUGCAAAGUUUCACUACAUCUACUUAUGAAGAUAAUCUUGAUCUUUGUGGACCACCACUUAAGAAACUAUGUGAUGGGGAAACAACACAAGAAUCAAAUGUUAAAGUUCAUGAAGACGAAUAUUCAUUUUUCAAUGUUGAUUUUUUCAUAAGUAUGACAUUUGGAUUUGUUUUAAGCUUUUGGAUGAUAUUUGGGUUUUUGACAACAUGCCUAUUUCAUCCUAUUGAAUAAUUUAAUAGAUAAUAUUCUUCCGGAAGUAGUCAUCUUCCCCUAAACUACAAGUGAACAAAUUUUAAUAGGCACUUGAAGACCCAUCUUCUUGCAUAAUUCCCACAUUUGAGUUCGUUAAUGCUUUGAUAAGGCAACGAUUUCUUCAAAUUUCGUUAUUGUGAAUAAAAUAUACACAUCUCCAUUAUCAAUUGCGAAAUU